AUGGGCUUUGACUACGCGCUCGUUCAUCUCAAGUACACCAUCCCUCCGGCUGUCCUGCUCACCUGGCUGUACCGUCCCUUCUUCACCAAGCUCGACGUGUAUAAAGUUGGUUAUCUAGUUUCUAUCGCUGUUGCUUCAACGAUACCAUGGGACUCGUACCUCAUUCGCACCGGCAUUUGGAGCUACCCCACUCACGUUAUCAUUGGCCCAAAGCUCUGUGAUAUACCGCUUGAAGAGGUCUUCUUUUUCAUCAUACAGACGUACAACACCUCGCUCCUCUAUCUCCUCCUCAGCAGGCCCACCUUCCAGCCCGUCUACCUCAACACCGAACGCGGCGCCGCCCGACGUCAAUGGCGAUAUAUGCGCCUUGCCGGCCAAGUCUUCUUUCUGGCCUUGAUUGCAUGGGGUUGGCGAUGCAUUAGACAUGGAGGCCUGGGCACAUAUACCGGCCUCAUUUUGGUUUGGGCUGGCCCUUUCCUACUGAUGUUAUGGUCCCUUGCAUAUCAAUUCAUCCUGGCUCUUCCUGUGACCAAUACCGCCUUGCCCAUUUUCCUCCCGACCCUGUACCUAUGGGUAGUGGAUACACUGGCACUGCGCAGAGGAACCUGGGUAAUCAGCACAGGCACCAAAUAUGGACUUCACCUAUGGGAUGGUCUCGAGAUUGAAGAGGCUCUCUUCUUCCUCGCCACUAAUGCCCUCAUAGUAUUCGGCCAAUUGGCGUUUGACAAUGCUCUCGCUGUGCUGUACACAUUCCCACACCUGUUCACGGGCCCGUCACUGUUGCCCUCGCCUGUUCUUUUGAUGCGCGCCCUGCUUACUCCCUGCUCAAAGUACCAUGACGCGCGCAUCAAGGGCCUCGACGAAGCUGUGAAUCGUCUGAAGCGCAAAAGCCGCAGCUUUUACCUUGCCUCUGCUACCUUUCCUGGUCCAUUACGCGCGGACCUACUAUUACUUUACUCGUUUUGUCGCGUUGCCGAUGACUUGGUGGACAACGCUUCCGAUGCCGACGAAGCUAGGGCUUGGAUAGCAAAAAUGCGCAAGUUUCUAAACAAUGUGUACAGCGACAAGUUACCACAGUCUGUAGUGCACAGCCAAAUAUGCGACGACUUCCCACCUAGCACACAGUCUGCACUUCUACAACUGCCUGCCACCAAACUGUCGCCCCAGCCACUGGAGGAUCUGCUGCAUGGAUUCGAAAUGGACCUGGCCUUUCAACAGGGACCAAUUAUCAGGACCAUGGAGGAUCUGCGCGUGUACUCGGAACGUGUGGCAGGUACUGUAGCUCAAAUGUGCAUUCAGCUCAUCUUCUAUUGGUAUCCUAGUACAUUGGAUACUGAAGAGAAGAACGUGAUAGUUGCUGCUGGCAACAGUAUGGGCGUGGCGUUGCAGUACGUCAAUAUUGCGCGAGAUAUAGAAGUAGACGCUCAGAUUGGUCGUGUAUAUCUUCCCUUGAAUUGGCUUUCUGAAGCGGGACUUAGCUACGAUGACGUGCUGAAGAAGCCGAAUCAAGCUCAGAUUCAGACUCUACGUAAGCACCUCCUAAACCAUGCUUUCUCUGUCUACGAGAAGGCCAAAGAUUCCAUCGAGCGUUUGCCAAUCGAGGCCAGAGGUCCUAUCCGGGUUGCGGUGGAGAGUUAUAUGGAAAUCGGACGGAUCCUAAGAAGUGAACAAUACCAAGUGAAGGCUGGUCGCGCUACCGUACCGAAGUCGAGGAGGAUAAUGGUAGCUUGGAGAACACUGAACAGUAAAUAAUGUAAUAUUAGAUGAGUUAAACGUUCGGAAAUAAAUCGGAAACAACC